UGGACGCAUAAUUUGACCAGGAAGUCAACAAUACUUUUGUUCUUUUCCAUUACACAAAUGAUAUAAUAUGGAAUAUGUGACCUGUGCUUGAGAAGAAUUGUGGUUUGAUUCUGAUAUCAUUUCCUGUUUCCCUCUUUCACAUCAGAGAGUAAAUACCGAUAUUCAUACAAAGAGGGCCUUUCGUGGCUAUAUAUAACUGUGAAAUAACCAGUCAUAAAUGUUUGAUUAAAAGAUGUUUUGGGAGGGUGAGGAUGGGAAAGGCAGCCUUCUCCCUGGUGUGUGUUUAUCAACCUCAGUGACUUUUAAGAUGUAUUUGACUCCCAGAAUUCUCCAGCCAGCAUGCUGACUAGAGAAUUCUGGGGGUUGUAGUUCAUACAUCUUAAAGUUGCCAAGGUUGAGAGCCACUGCUUUAAAGUAUUUUAUUUCCAAAUACACAAGAGUAUUUAGCUUCUUUCAAUUUAGUCGCUUGAGGAAGCCCAGCCCUGCACAGAAGCUGCGUCAACAUGUCUCUCUGAAUGGUUGUCUAGAAUAUUAGCUCUGAGAGAACCCAACUUACAGUAGAGCUGUAACUAUAAUUACAAUUAAUGAUUUGGCUAUAAGGUUCCUCAAGUUUCAGACUUCCUUGGUUGUGUUCUCUUGUUCAUAAUACUUUAUUUACUGUCGCAUUGCAACCCCAGAAUUCUGUAGUUUAAUUGUUAAACAAAGUGGAUUUAAUGUUUAUACUGGGAACUGUCAAUGUUUACACUUUGUGAUUGUCAGAGGUGGAUGACAUCUAUUCUUUCCACCACUCCUCACAGAAUCCUUUCCAUUAGUUUAAUUACCAUGAUUAAAAAAAAGGAGAAAAGGGAAAGAUUUUAAUUAUUCUCCAAUGCAUUCCACAGUCUGUAGUUUUGGGAGGGAAAGGGCUCCAUUUCAGUCUUCCAUCCAAUCUCUGAGUAAAGGUGGGUCACUGUAACCUUUGAUCAGAGUUGUCUUUGUUCCGUACACUCCAUCCAGAAUGGAGAAAAGCAGUCAUUAUGCAUCAAGCCCUUGAAAAGCCCCAAGUCUGAAUCACAAAGCAGGUGGGAUCACUGUGGCGGUCAUGGAGGCAAAUGGAGAGCCAGGUCACUCCAGGGCAGAAAGUGCAGGUGAAACACUGAGUGAAUCUGAGCUGGAGAAGAUCGGCCUGAGAAAACAGAUUCCACGAGGGUCACUUUCCACCAAGAUCAAGAAAAUAAGAUGCUCAGGAUCAACCGCAAAGAGCUUGCUAUUUCGGUUCCUGCCCAUCCUUAGCUGGUUGCCACGCUACCCAGUCAAAGAAUGGUUACUAGGGGACAUCACGUCAGGAUUCAGUGUGGGAAUUAUGCAUCUCCCACAGGGUUUGGCAUAUGCACUCCUAGCAGGGCUGCCUCCAGUCCAUGGUUUGUAUUCGUCCUUCUAUCCAGUUCUGCUGUAUUUCUUAUUUGGGACAUCCAGACACAUCUCUGUUGGUCCAUUUGCUGUCAUUUCUGGGAUGUUGGGAAGUAUGACAGAGUCACUAGAACCAAAUGGAAAAUAUCUGGAAGUGAUCAUUGGCACCAAUAAAACAUUUGUCAAUGAGGCCCGGAGGGAUGCAGCCCGAGUUGAGCUGGUAGCUGCAGUCACCUGCUUAAUGGGUCUGUUCCAGGUUGCCCUUGGCCUGCUGCAGUUUGGAUUUGUGGCCACCUAUCUUUCGGAGCCCUUGGUGCGAGGCUACACCACAGCUGCUGCUGUCCAUGUGCUGGUUUCCCAGCUAAAAUACGUCUUUGCCAUCAGCCUGGAAGAGAAAUCUGGACCGUUGUCACUGAUCUAUACUUUUGUGGAGAUUUGCUCAAAAUUACCUGGAACUCAUAUUGGUACUUUGAUGACUGCCUUGAUCUCCAUGGUUGCCCUUUUGCUCAUUAAGCUACUCAAUGACAAAUUGGAUAAGAAGCUUCCAGUACCUAUCCCCACUGAACUCCUCACGAUUAUUGUCUCCACGGCAAUCUGCUAUGGUGCCAGCCUGAACAACAAAUUUGGGGUUAGUGUUGUGGGUGAUAUUCCUAAGGGAUUGAGAUCUCCUGAAGCCCCCAAUGGAAGCUGGUUUGGGCAGGUGAUAGGGAAUGCUUUUGCCAUUGCUAUUGUUAGCUAUGUCCUUUGCAUCUCCCUUGGGAAAAUCUUUGCCCUCAAGUACGGUUAUAGUGUGGACAGCAGCCAGGAACUGAUAGCCUUGGGACUCAGUAACGUCAUGGGUAGCUUUUUCCAUUGCUACAGCAUCAGCUGCUCCAUGUCCCGCUCCCUAAUACAAGAAAGCGCAGGAGGACACAGUCAGAUGGCUUCCGUCAUCUCUUCCCUCAUCAUCCUGGCAACCAUUUUGAAGAUUGGAGAACUUUUCCACGAACUACCCAAAGCUGUCUUAGCUGCCAUUGUGAUUGUCAACUUGAAAGGCAUGUUCAAACAGUUCAAAGAUAUUCCUGCACUUUGGAGAUCUAAUUUUACCGACCUGUUUAUCUGGCUUGUAACGUUUAUCGCUACGGUAUUCUUGAAUCUUGACUUGGGACUGGCAGCAGCUGUGACAUUUUCACUCUUCACUGUCAUAUUCCGGACUCAGAUGCCUUAUUAUUCUAUUUUGGGACAAGUGUCCACCACAGGAAUUUACAAAGACAUUGCUGAGUAUCAUAAAGCUAAGGAAAUACCAGGUGUGAAAAUUUUCCACUCUUCUGCUACUAUCUAUUUUGCUAAUGCUGAAUUGUAUGCAGAGGCCCUUAAAAAAAAGUGUGGCAUUGAUGUGUGCCGUCUCAUUGAAAAGAAGGUGAAAGCUUUGAAGAGGAAGCAAAAGAAAGACAAAAAAGAAGCCAAGAAAACUGCUAAAAAAUCUGGAGAAAACAACCCUGGAUUUGAGGAUGUAGAGAUGGAUGCAAAGUCACAAGAACCAGAGGAAGGCAUAGUAGAUAUUGAGAUCAAUGGAACUGUGAUGGCUUCGGAUCCCCCAAGUCACCACCAGCCACAAUAUUGUGGCAAACCCAGUUUAAAUAGUCUGGGGUUGGAAAAGCCUUCUAUCCACUCAAUCAUUCUGGACUUCAGCUCUGUCACCUUUGUGGACACUGUCUCCAUAAAGACCUUAAAAAAUAUAUUUAAAGAUUUCCAGGAGAUUCAAGUGGAUGUGUUUCUUGCUAGUUGCCAUGGCACUGUCAUUACCCAGCUGGAAAGAGGCAAUUUUUUCAAUGAAACCAUAACCAAGAACCACCUUUUUGCAUCAGUGCAUGAUGCAAUUACCUAUAUCACCAGGAACCGAAAACAGAGCAUGCCACACAUUGACAACGAACUCUGGGAAGUUGACAAUGAACUACAAUGCCACUAUUUUUCCCAAGGCUGUGGAUGACAAAACAUAAUUUGCCUGACUGGUAGUUUGUGGUGAAGAAUGAAGACUGCGAAGAAGUUUCUGUGUGAAAAUAUUUUGAAAAUAUUCCAUAGCAAGAAAAGUAAGGUUUUACACUUAGGCAAGAAAAACCAAAUGCAAAGAUAUAGAGUAGGUGGUUCCUGGCUUAACAGUAGUAACUGUGAGAGGAAUCUAGGAGUCCUAGACCUAGUGGACAACCAGUUAAGUAUGAACCAGCAGUGUGUUGCAAAAAAGCAAAUGCAUUCCUAGAUGCAUCAACAGAUGAAUAAUAUCAAAAUCAUGUGAAGUAUUAGUACUGCUAUAUACUGCCUUGGUAAGCCCACGCUUGGAAUAAUGCAUUCAGUUCUGGUCACCAUUACAUAAAAAAGAGGUUGAGAAUUCUGGAACUUGAAAUUCAUCCAUAAAGUGGCUGAGAUAGAAAAACAUUACUGUAGAGCAGGGGUUUCAAACUCACAACGUCACGUGAUGCGUCGUGAUGUAUCGUGACCUUUUUUUCCAUUGCUUGCAAUAGGGUGGACGCGGUUUCUCUAUGACGCAUCCAGCCCGCAGGCCGGCAGUUUGACACCCCUGUAGAGUAUUGCAAAUAGACCCAUGGUGGAUUUUCAGGAGAAAAUUCUUGAGAUCACUUUGAUUUUUUUUCAACAAGUAAAUCCAGAGACAAAAUAAUAAAAGAUUUACAAGUAUGAGGACCAGGGAUAUUACUUGAUAAAUACUGUAUAGAUAUUGAAAUUACAACAAUUUACAUUUUGUCUUUUUUUCCUCUUCUAUCUAUCUGCAAGUAAUUUUCUUUCUUUUGAAACUAAAACCACAAGCCCUU